AUGUUUGAUGUAUCCCGCCCCCACAGGCUGCCAUCAACACCAUAUCAUCUCUUGACGUAUUCACUCUAUUUUAAGACUUCAAAUGAAGAUUAUUGGGAUAUAUUGCGAGUUCUUAAUAUCAAUAAAAAUCUCUGUGAUUUCAACGGCAGUGUUAUAAACUUGGAAGUGUCAGAUAACCUACAUAUUACAAUGUCUGAACGAUUGGAAGCCGGCCAACAGCUUGUCAAAAAGACCAUGGAUCAGGUGAUACAAGAGAAACAAACCACGGGAGCCGUUAGCAUCCAAGCUCGGCAGGAAUUCAGGGAGUCAUACCAGGAGAGCUAUGAGGAAGAGUUCGAAGAGGAAACUUUCAUAGACCAACACGGAAAUAAGACAACAAAAAGAGUCGAGUCGAGCAGUGAAAGCAAAGAGCAUUCUAAAAGUGCAGACGUCAGACAGCCAAUUAAGUCAUGUUUCAAUCGAAUGCGUGUGAGGUGA